AACGCGAGCGCGCCGAGCGGUGGCCGAGUCCGAGGGUGGACGACAGAACAAACGCGAUCCGCGAUCUGCCAAAUCGCGAUCCCGAAGAAGGUAUAUAAGUAACUGCUGUAAUCAGCACCGGAGCAAUACUUUGUAUCCGUCCGCGACUGGCCACGGUUACAGGCGCAGUCCGACCGUUCGACGGUGUUUGUGUGUCUGUGAGAAAGUGUUUGUCCGUGAGUGAGUAUUCAUCCAGGAGGAUCUCACCCCGCGCAAGGAUCCCGACAGUGAAAAAGAUCAGUGAGUGGUGCUUACAAGCGAAGAAAGUGCCGUGCGUAAGGUGCCGAUGCAUCCACCACAUAGUGCCAAAUUGUGUGAACUUUGCUCUCAAUUCUCUGUGAGGUGAAUUCGGGUGAGCCGCGAAUCGGAAAGACCUUUCAAACACAACCAAGCUCUAGAACAGCCAAGACAAAACGGAAUUAAGGAAAAUUAAAUUUACGAUACGCACCGAUCUUGGAACCUAAGUCCUGGACAGGAUCUUGUCGCGAUCUCAAGAUGCUGUUAGUGGUGUAACCGGACUCACACACACAAGGAGUGGUUGGUGAAAGUUGGUUCGUGCGUUCUUGCCCCGUGUCUCAUGUGUAUCUUGUUGAGGGACAAUUCUGGAAUUUUUAACGCAGACAAUACAGUGAACUGACUGCUCGUUCGUAAAAUUUGCCAAAUUGCGUGUGUGCAGUAGCCGAACCUGCUGCUAAUCCUGAUCGAGCUUCCAGAUUUAGGAGAAUUUAUCAUCGCUGAAGACACACGCUUCACACAUCGUACCGGCUGACGAUCUACUGAAGUCGAGCGUUUUUCCUUACCCGGGAGCACGAUCACUACGAUGGCGAACGAGCGGAUCUUCUGGUCCGCGGUUCUGCUAGCGCUGGCAGCACUGGCCGCGACGGGCGAAGCUGCUAAAUUCCAAUGUCAGCAGGAAGGUUUCGCCGUUGAUCCCAACGACUGCGCCGUGUUCUAUCGUUGCGUGCAGGAAGGCGAUAAUCUGACGGCCUACAAAUUCCGCUGCGGACCGGGAACCGUGUUUUCUAUGGCCGAAAAUGUGUGUGUACAUCCGCGCGACUCGGAGCGGGAAGAGUGUCGCGAAACGGGCAACGAAAUCGACGGAGGUGAUGGCGGAUACGGCCCAGCACCGGAACCCGAACCGGCAGCACCCGAGCCGGAACCGGCCGCACCGGCGGAACCCGAACCGCAGGCGAUGGAGCAGAACGAGCAGGAACCGAUGGCGAUGGGUAACGGAGAUCUCGAGCAAAACGGGGACGCCGAAAACAGUGUAAAUUCGGAAGGUAAUGAACCCGCCGGGAGCUCGCAGGGGACAGAGAAAGAGGACAAAAAACCGAUUGUAGACGAUGGAGUGCCGUGCGAUGAGGAAGGCUUCGUUGGCGACAGGAACGAUUGUCAAGUGUUUUACCGGUGCAUUUCCCGCGCGGACGGUAGCUUCGAGAAGCUUCCAUUCCGCUGCGGUGAAGGUACCGUGUGGGAUGACCAGAUCGGUUCCUGUAACCAUGCGAGUGUCGUGGACCGGUGUACGCAAAUCUCUCAAAGCGAUUACAUCGUCAAUCAACAGUUGUUUAGCCAGUCGAACGCCUCGAUGGAUAGAAAUAUGACACAAGCCAGUGGUUCGAUGACCCAGAACGGGAUCACUACCAACACGACCAGCUCACAAGCAUCGGCGGCAAGUCAAAUGAGCAACUACAGCAAUAUGACCACUUUCAUGCAAGGUAACAAUGGGCAGGGGUCAAACAAUAUACAGAGCAGUUCGAGCAGUUCGAGCAGUUCUAGCAGCAGUAGUAGUAGUAGCAGUAGUAGUAGCUCCAGUUCCAGCAGUUCCGGCGGUAACGGACAAUGGAAUAAUCAAGGAUCGGGUGGACAAUGGAACAAUCAGAACCAAGGAUCCGGUGGCAACAAUCAGUGGAAUAACCAGAAUCAAGGGUCGAGCAAUCAGUGGCAGAAUGAAAACCAAGGUCAAAACAACAACAAUCAGUGGAGUAAUCAGAAUCAAGGACAAAAUGGCCAAUGGAAUAAUCAAAACCAAGGUCAAAACAGCAACAAUCAGUGGAGCAAUCAGAAUCAAGGACAAAAUGGCCAAUGGAAUAAUCAAAACCAAGGUCAAAACAACAACAAUCAGUGGAGCAAUCAGAAUCAAGGACAAAAUGGCCAAUGGAAUAAUCAAAACCAAGGUCAAAACAACAACAAUCAGUGGAAUAAUCAGAAUCAGGGGCAAAACAACCAGUGGAAUAACCAGAAUCAAGGACAAAACAGCAACAACCAAUGGAACCAAGGCUCCAACGGUCAGUGGCAAAAUCAGAAUCAGGGAUCAGGAGGCAAUAACCAAUGGAACAACCAGAAUCAGGGCCAGAAUAACCAGUGGAACAAUCAGAAUCAGGGUCAAAGUGGCAGCAACCAAUCUAACAAUCAAAAUCAGGGUCAGAAUAACCAGUGGAACAAUCAAAAUCAAGGCCAAAGUAGUAGUAACCAAUGGAAUAAUAACAGUCAAGGUCAAAAUAACCAGUGGAACAAUCAAAACCAAGGUCAGAGUAGUAACAAUCAGUUCAACAAUCAAAAUCAAGGUCAAAAUAACCAGUGGAACAAUCAAAAUCAAGGUGAAAGUAGUAGUAACCAAUGGAAUAAUAAUAGUCAAGGUCAAAAUAACCAGUGGAACAAUCAAAACCAAGGUCAGAGUAGUAACAAUCAGUUCAACAACCAAAAUCAAGGUCAAAAUAACCAGUGGAACAAUCAAAAUCAAGGUCAAAGCAGCCAAGGAAGCAAUCAGAAUCAAGGUCAAAGUAGCAACAACCAGUGGAACAACAACAGCCAAGGUCAAAAUAAUCAAGGAAGCUCACAGAAUCAAGGCCAAAAUAAUAACAAUCAGUGGAGCAACCAAAAUCAGGGUCAAAAUAACCAAGGAAGCUCUCAGAAUCAAGGUCAAAGUAGCAACAACCAGUGGAACAACAAUAAUCAAGGCCAAAAUAGCCAAGGAAGCAAUAACCAAUGGAAUAAUCAGAAUCAAAGUCAAAAUAACCAGUGGAACAAUCAGAAUCAAGGUCAAAACAGCCAAGGAAGCAAUCAGAAUCAAGGUCAAAGUAGCAACAACCAGUGGAACAACAACAGCCAAGGUCAAAAUAAUCAAGGAAGCUCGCAGAAUCAAGGCCAAAAUAAUAACAAUCAGUGGAGCAGCCAAAAUCAGGGUCAAAAUAACCAAGGAAGCUCUCAGAAUCAAGGUCAAAGUAGCAACAACCAGUGGAACAACAAUAAUCAAGGCCAAAAUAGCCAAGGAAGCAAUAACCAGUGGAACAAUCAGAAUCAAGGUCAAAACAGCCAAGGAAGCAAUCAGAAUCAAGGUCAAAGUAGCAACAACCAGUGGAACAACAAUAAUCAAGGCCAAAAUAGCCAAGGAAGCAAUAACCAGUGGACCAACAAUAAUCAAGGUCAAAACAACCAAGAGAACAAUCAAAAUCAACAGUCCUUCAGCAAUACCCAAUGGAACAAUCAAAGCCAGAGCGAAAGUCAGCAGACGAGUAUGCAAACUCAAAACUCUUCCAGUACCAAUCAGUGGAGUAAUCAAGGCCAGGGACAGAAUCAAGAGUCAAACAACCAGAAUCAAGGGCAAAACAGUAACAACCAGUGGAACAAUCAGCACCAGGGACAGAACCAACAGUCUAACAAUCAGAAUCAGGGUUCCAGCAGUAACAACCAAUGGAGCAAUCAAAAUCAGGGACAAAACCAGCAAACAAACAAUCAAAAUCAAGGACAAAGUAGCAAUAAUCAAGGCCAAAAUCAACAAUCGAACAAUCAAAGUAGUAACAACCAAGGCUCCAGCAGUAACUCAAACAGUCAACAAAACAAUCAGAACCAAGGGCAAGGACAAAGUAUGCAAAACCAAAGCUCUAACAAUAACCAGAACCAAUCGAAUCAGCAGCAGAGUAGCAAUAAUCAGAACAGUAUGUCCAGCAGUAAUACCGACAAUCAAAAUAGCCAGUCGAGCAACAACAACAGUUCAAAUCAAAGCUCCAACAACCAAAGCGGCCAGACAUCAUCAUCUUCCGGAUCAAAUCAAAUCGAUGAAAGCAAUCAACAGAAUGCUGGAAAUCAGAACAACAAUGGCCAGAGCCCUGCUACUGCUACCACUGUUACUCUACAACAGCCAUCUACGGAAGCUCCUGCAGUAUCAAGUUCUACAAUACCCACAACGACCACUACCGUAACUCCCGAAGUUAUAACUACUACUUCAACAACUGCUCAACCGACGACGACAGCUGCAUCUUCAACUGUUGCUCCAACUACUGAGCCUGCUACCAUGACGACAACUGAACCUGUUAUAACGUCAACAACUGCGUCUACUACUGUUGCUCCAACUACUGAGGCUGCUACCACAACGACCACGGAGGCUACUACUGUUGCUGCAACAGCUGACCCUGUUUCCACGACAACGACUGUGUCUACUACUAUUGCACCAACUACUGAACCUACUACUACUUCUACAUCAGUACAAACGACUACUGCUGAACCAUCAACGUCCUCCUCUACGGAUGCUCCGUCGUCUACGGAAGAAGUUUCCUCCACUCAGUCCCCUGAUAACGCGACAUCUACGCCAACCGAUACCAUUCAAGUCACAACUAGCACCGCCGCUAGUACUACCACACAAACACUCACAACCAGUAGCACCGCUACGGAAUCGUCCACAAUGCAAGCUUCUACCACGGAGGAACCUGUCACGUCCAGUGUUCAAUCCACCACUACACAAGCGUCUACCACAGAGGCUCAGAGCACACAGUCACAAACCACACCAACACAAGUAUCAGAAACAACAGUCACACAAUCCCCCAUGAACACAACACCAGAAUCUAGCCCGGAAACUACACCGGGUGCAAGUUCCGAAACAUCUUCACCCACACAAACAGCCCCAGUUGAAACAACCACAACCGAUGAGUCACCUGAAUCUACACAACCUAUUACCACUCUUACCCCAGAAACAACACAACACAUGCCACACAACAACACAAACAAACCCACUACACAACAAUCCACUACACAAUCCUCUAGCACACAGGAACAGGUGACCACCGAGCCUCAACAGCCCAGCACCGAAUCCCUUACCACGGUCACGGAAGAAUCCAACACGUCUACGCCACCUUCGACAGAGGAGGCCACCAGCACACAAUCCACACCAGCUCCUACAGAAACGAACACUACACAAGAGAACACAACCACAACAGAACCCACAACAACACAAACACCUACCACGAUGUCUUCGGCUCCUGCUUCGAGCUCUGAGGAACCCAUCACCCAAGCACCAACGUCUACACAAACAACAGUACACACUACACAAUCUACCACCGCAUCUUCGUCUGAAGAAACCACAAUCACAACAACACCACAACCAUCUACACAAACCACCACAAUGCUCACGACGAUCGUUAUGUCAAGUACUCAGUCCACAACCACUCUCUCUUCUUCAGCACAACCGUCCAGCACUACGCAGCGACCAACCACCGGAAGUGCGGCAAGCUCCGGCUCUACCACCAGCCAAGCGCCGUCCGGGUCUGGUGCUGCCCCUGCCUGCACUGAGGACGGAUUCAUGGGUGAUCAUAAUGAUUGUAAGAAGUUCUACCGUUGCGUGUCGAAUGGUAACGGGCAAUUUACGCGCUACGAGUUCCGCUGUGGAGAUGGAACCGUUUGGGAUGAUAAUGCUGGCAGCUGUAAUCACGAUUGGGCUGUACAGGAUGGACGGUGCGGUAAGGCGAAUGGGCAAGGACCAGCAUCGGGACCUCAAGGUAGUACUCAGGGUGGUCCAAAUGGACCUGAUGGCGCAGGAAGCGGACCAAAUGGACCUAGUGGACCUGCCGGUGGACCUGAUGGACCCAACGGCUCCAACGGGCCUGAUGGAUCAAGCAAUGGACCGAAUGGACCUGAUGGAUCAAGCAAUGGACCAAAUGGACCUGAUGGAUCGAACAAUGGAUCUAACGGUCCAGAUGGAUCAAGCAAUGGACCAAAUGGACCUGAUGGAUCAAGCAAUGGACCGAACGGACCUGAUGGAUCAAGCAAUGGACCGAACGGACCUGAUGGAUCGAACAAUGGAUCUAAUGGACCAGAUGGACCUAACGGACCAAAUGGACCAGGUGGACCUAAUGGCCCCAACGGACCUGAUGGACCAGAUGGACCUAAUGGACCUGAUGGACCCAAUGGUCCCGAUGGACCUGAUGGACCCAAUGGUCCCGAUGGACCUGAUGGAUCUGAAGGACCCAAUGGACCUAAUGGACCCAAUGGACCAAAUGGGCCAAAUGGACCCAAUGGACCCGAUGGACCAAAUCAAUCGAACGGAACAAAUGGUCCCGCAGAGUCAACUUCAGCAGGACAACAGUCCACCACAGUUCCACCGUGCCAGCAGCAAACUACCACCACCACCCAAUCGCCCUCAGUACCCGCCGGAAGCAACGGUGUAUGCGAGCAGGAAGGAUUUAUGGAACAUCCCUCCAACUGCAAGAAGUUUUAUCGAUGCGUCGAUAACGGCAAGGGAGGAUACGAUCGGUACGAGUUCACCUGCGGUCCCGGUACUGUUUGGGACAAUGACAUUCUUGCCUGCAACCAUCCGCAAUCGGUCCAAAAUUCCAAGUGUGGGACUGGAGGUGAAACUGCUUCCUCACCGUACCCGGGUAGUUCGUCCGGCCCUGGCAAUACCUACCUUCCACCAGCACAAUCGACCACCGCCGAAUCGAUGCCAAGCACGACGGAGCAGUCGAUGAGUAGUCUGGAACCGGAAUCGCUUACCACGGGUGCUACGGACGCGGCUAGUCCGGGAACAACGAGCAGCAGUGCCAGCAGUACAACAGCCUCACCCGAUUCCGCUUCGACUACCGAAGCGGCAAAGGAGGAAACGACGUCCGCCGCUCAGGAACAAACGACAGAAGCUUCCAAGGGAGAGUCAACGAAUGCAAAUGCACAAGAACAGACGACAGAAGGGCAGAGUCAGAUGACCGAAGCACAGAGCCAGACAACGACUACUGAGGCGGGCGAUUCGUCCACUACUCCUGCAGGUGCUACCGAAACAUCAACCAUGCCCUCCUCGGAAGGAUGCGAUUCGGAAGGAUUUAAGCCCCAUCCGACCAAUUGCAAGAUGUUUUACCGCUGUGUCGACAACGGCAAGGGAGGUUACACGAAGUACGAGUUCACUUGCUCAGAGGGAACUGGCUGGGAUGAAAGCAAACAGGCCUGCAACUAUGAGUACGAAAUUCCCAACUGUGGUGCCGAUCGUCCACCGGAACCAGAACCGGAGCCUUCCGGUACGGACAUGACGACGGGCGCUAGCGAUGGUACAACGACAGCAGCAACAGACGCAUCUACGACGCCAGCUCAAACAGAAGGUACUACCACCGGACAAGAGACUACAACUUCCCGACAAGACAUGACGACGACGACUACCGCGCAAGAAACAACCACUACGGCUCCGACGGAACAACAAACAACUACGACAGAGGCCAGUCAAGAAACUACCACCACAACGAGCGAUUCGACUACGGCUGCUCCAUCGGCACAGGAAACGACUACUACCACGGCUAGUGGACAGGAAACGACCACAUCCAGCGAAAUGGCAUCCGAAAUGACAACUGCACAGGGCCAGGAAACGACCACAACGGCUAACAGUGAGAUGACCACCACCGAAAGUGCUCAGCAGACCACCACGAUGGGCGGCUCGCCUUCCUCGGGCGAAUGUACUGAGGAAGGUUUCAUGGGUAAUCCGGACGAUUGUCGCAAGUUCUACCGGUGUGUGGACAACGGCAAGGGUGGAUACAAUAAGUAUGAUUUCACGUGCGGCGAAGGUACCGCCUGGGAUCAGGCACUGCAGACAUGUAAUCAUGAGAAUGUUGUUGAAAUGUGCGGCGGACAGACAGGUAACACUAGCAAUAACACUAACCAAACACAAUCAUCAUCGACAACAACCACUACCACUACCACUACUACUACAGCCACAUCAACCACUGCUUCCUCCACUACUACCACCACUACCACACAAUCCCCCACAACAACCGCUUCUACAUCCACUAGCACUACCCAAAAACCCACUACCACUACACAAAGCACAACCUCCGCACCUUCAUCAACAUCUGCAUCAUCAUCAUCAACAUCAUCUUCAUCAACCACCACCACCCAAAGCAUGCAAUCCUCGUCCGAAUCCACCACCACCGAGCGCAUGAAAGCUUCUUCAUCCUCCAACACGCAAGUGAACUGCACGGAGGCUGGAUACUUCCCCAACCCGGACGACUGUACCAAGUUCUACCGCUGCGUGGACUGGGACGGGAUGGGUGAAAACUUCUCCGUCUUUCACUUCGACUGCCCCGACGGUACCAUUUGGGAUCCCGCUGUAAAUACCUGCAACCACGAGGACAGUGUCCAGCCGCCCCGCAAUUGCUCCAAAUCUGCCCCCGCGGAAACGACCGAAUCGACCGCUGAAUCCACCACCUCUGUUACAGAAGAGCCAGGCUCGACGACCGAAGCCGCCGCCCAAAUGACGACAGCACAGCAAACGGAAGCAACGACCGCGGCCAGCGGUCAGCAGGAGACGACAACCGAUUCCGCAAGCUCCGAGACGACGGCCGCCCCGAAGGAAGAAACUACCACCGGACAGCCACAAAUGAUGACCACCACCACGGAGGGAGCCACCCAGGAAACGACCGAAGCUGCCAUGACGACUGAAGCAUCGCAGGAAACUACAACGGCGGCUGCAUCGUCGGAGACGACCACGAUGGCUGCUCAGGAGACAACGACAAUGGCGGCCCAGGAGACAACGACGAUGGCUGCGCAAGAAUCCACCACGAUGGGUGCUCAGGAGACGACCACUAUGGCUGCUCAAGAAUCCACCACGAUGGGUGCUCAGGAGACCACGACGAUGGCUGCGCAGGAGACCACUACGAUGGCUGCACAAGAAUCUACUACGAUGCCCGCACAAGAAACGACGACGAUGGCCCCACAAGAAUCUACCACAGCCGCCGGUGGCGAGCAAGAGACGACCACCAUGGGUCAGUCAGAAAUGACUACCGAGUCCGCCGGCCAGGAGCAAACGACCGAGGGCAUGGAGUCGUCAACGGAACCCGCUGCCCAGGAGUGUCCUGCCGGUUGCCAGAGCUCCUGCCCACCGGUCGAUGAAGAUCAGGACCGUUUCGUUUGUCCGACUGGAUUCAAACGACACCCGAAGAACUGCAACCUGUUCUACCAGUGUACCGAGAAGGCGAACAGCUACGACUACAGCAUCGUCGUGUUUAGCUGUCCAAACGAUACCGUCUAUCAGGAGGACCGAACACAGUGUACGGAACCGGCCGAGAGCGACGACCGUUGCAAGGCGGCUAACCUGCGAUCGCAGCUCCGAAACACGCGUCAGCUGCCAGUAAUGCAGCUUGGCUCGACGGAACCACUCUGCCCCACGGAUGGCCAUUUCGCGAUCGACGACCAAAAGUGUAGCUCAACGUUCCUGCGCUGUACCCAGGGCCGGUCGGGCCUGCAGCCGAACAUGUACCGCUGUCCGAAGGGUUACGUUUACUGGCGGGUGAGCCGUCGCUGUGAGCGUGUCCAGAAGAUCCCCGAGUGCCAAUCGACACCGAUGCAGGAACGGUCGGAGCUGCCGGUCGAGUGGAUCAACAUCGGCAACCGACGUCGAAGCUUGUUCUAGAGACGAGCGAAUGACACUCUUUUUCAAGGAGCUAACGAGCUCCGGCUGCCAUAAUUCUUCAUCGUGUUUUAGUGAUCCCCGCUGUCUAGCUGGCGUCUCCCGCCAAUCGCAACUAAGCUACUCAAUAUGAACUGGCCAGUGUGGGCUGCGUUCGGUGUCACGGGUGCUUACGGACAACCCUUCAGCCGUAUCCCUUCCUGCACGCACGACAGGCGAAACCCAGUUCUAGUCAGCGCGAACACCUCCUGCAAUAGCCUAACCUGGUCGCGAUCGGUAGCAGUCCGGAGUCCGAUCGUUGCUGCUACUACUACUUAUACAAACUUGCACUAGGCAAAAUUAGACUGUAGCAUUCGUAGCCGUAAGUGGUCGCCCGAUGCACGGCAGUGUAAAUAAUUCCUUCGCAAAAUUCACCAUCCGGGUGACUGGAUUUGGCGACAGGUCCGAUUUCGAUGGAAAGCAAAACAAACAAACCUAACAAACACCGAAAACAAAACAAACAUUCGUCCCGAUCGCUCUCCGGUUCACUGUCAUCUCAUCUGAGCCAGAGGUGUAGCAAGAACCAGACUCCCCAAUUUGGAUGUGUUCCUGCCUCAUAAUGGUUGGGCAGCUUUGCGAAAAUGAGCUUUGACCGGGGUGCUACCAGGCGCAAAGUUUUAUACCAUUGUUUUCGCAAAGCCAAACGGGCGGUGAACCACUGAGUAAUCGGGAAUAUAGCGCGAUAUACUAUAUUUUUUCUGCAUCACCUACGAACGAUUUUAGUGUAAUAGAGGUAGGCAACGUGCGCUUCUACAGCAGUGCACGUGCAAAUUGAAACAGGUAUAUCGAAAUAAAGUUGCUGUAAUUUAUUGUAA